UAAUUACAGGUAACUAUGGUAUCCCGUACAUUAUUAAGAAAUUGGGUUUCUUUACGUCAUUUUUUUCAUAAAUAUUCAUAUACAGUUCAACAUAAAAUUAAAAAUAUAAAUUACAUUGGGAUUGGGAUAUUCACAAGUAUCAUAGUUUAUAGUACUUCAGGAAUUACAGUAUUAGCAGCCCAAAAUGAGUUAGAUAUAAAAAGAUUUAUGGCACAACCUAUUACUGAUGUUAAAGAAUUAAGUAAAAGACAGGAUAUGAGAAAAAAAAUGGAAUUAUUAGUAAUGACAACUCAAGCAGAUUUUUGUAAAGCUCUGGAAUCCUUAGAAGAUCCAAAUCAUCGUUUUAAAGUUGAUAGAUGGAUUAGAAAGGAAGGUGGUGGAGGAAUUACUUGUGUUUUACAAGAUGGAGUUAUUUUUGAAAAAGCUGGUGUAAAUGUAUCUGUUGUUACUGGUACAUUACCACCAGGUGCAGUACAGCAAAUGAGAGCACGUGGAAAAAAUAUGCAAGAAGGAUCUGUACCAUUUUUUGCAGCUGGUGUAAGUGCUGUAAUUCAUCCUCGUAAUCCCAUGAUUCCAACAAUACAUUUUAACUAUCGCUACUUUGAAGUAGAAAAUUCAGAUGGUUCGAUUCAAUGGUGGUUUGGAGGUGGUACUGAUCUUACACCUUAUUAUUUAAAUGAAGAUGAUAUAAAACAAUUUCAUAAGACUUUAAAAAUUGCAUGUGAUAAACAUGAUCUUUCGUUUUAUCCAAAAUAUAAAAAAUGGUGUGAUGACUAUUUUUUUAUUACACAUAGAGGAGAACGUAGAGGAGUAGGUGGUAUCUUUUUUGAUGACAUUGAUACACCUAGCCAAGAAGAAGCAUUUCAAUUUGUAAAAUCUUGUGCAGAAGCUGUAAUUCCUUCUUACAUUCCAUUAAUUGAAAAACAUAAAAAUGAUAGAUAUGGACAAGCUGAAAGGCAAUGGCAAUUAUUACGUAGAGGAAGAUAUGUUGAAUUUAAUUUAAUAUAUGAUCGUGGUACAAAAUUUGGUUUAUAUACACCUGGAGCACGAUAUGAAAGUAUAUUAAUGUCUUUGCCUUUGUCAGCAAAAUGGCAUUAUAUGCAUGAACCAGAACCUGAUUCAAAAGAAGCAGAACUUGUUAAUGUAUUGAGAAAUCCUAAAGAAUGGUUAAAGUAAUAUAAAAAAGCUUUGUAAA